CGACCCAUCUAGAAGCCCAUUGAUUAUACGUUGAUCAGCAUUUCAAGCGCGUCUGAACAAAAGAAGAAAACAAUUGCGCAAUGGAAUUUGGUUAUCGAAAAAGUCAAAUGGUGUGCGCAUCUACAGAUUGCCAUCACGCCAAAAUGCCACGUGCCAUUUAACCGUGUCGUUUAAUCCGACAUCCUUGCCCAAAGCAGUUGUUUAUUAGAGGAAUGUGAAAAAUUCAGUUUUCAUUGACAUUCUUAUUUCAGGUCAUGGAACAUAAAGAUUACAGCAACUGGUUAUGUUUACUAUUACCAAAAUUUCAAAGAAUGAAAUAUGCCGGUUGAAGGACAACCGCUGACUAGUUUUAGAAGCCUGGACAAUUUAUGCCAAAUAUGUAUUUGGGAAGGGCAGAGCCUACAUGUGAUAUUGAUUGCAUUCAUUUGAGAUGGCAAAUUAUUAUACUUGCCGUUAAAGUUUUAAAUUAACAUUUUAAAUUCAGCUGAUUAUUUGGUUUUAUUUUUCCUUGAAAAAACCCGACAAGCAAAAUAUAUAAAUAGGGUCUUGUCCUCUAUAGUUUUAGAUUAUAGUCGGUGGAAAUGCUAUUAAGGAGAUAACCGUUUUAAUGAUUCAAAAGAGAAGUUUCAUGUAAUAUCCGUCUUUUCAGCAGACCCCUUUAAUAGGAAAAAGGACGGAGCGGCCAUGAAAUUUCCCAGCAGCAGUUUGAGCUGGUGGUGGGCCAUCACCUGACUUUUUUGGGUCUCUCAACACAACCUGCUGCAGAGAUAAAAUUUGAUCAGACGUUUUCGCCGAGAGAACGUGCGCGUUAAAAAAGGCGUUGUUCUUCUUGUUUGGAUUGAAUGUCACGUGAUUUUCGUUUCCUAACCAAUCGUCGUUCACCUGUUUUCACAGUGUACACACAACGUUGCCCCGGGCAACCUCUGGCUCGACCGUUUUUAACUACAGAGAUACACUUGCCUAUUUGUUUAUCAGCCACUCUGCACCGAGCGAGGCUGCUUCGUUUUCGACGUUUCUCGGCCGUGUUGUGUCGUUUUUCUCAUCGGUUUUCAGUCGAUUUUUCGUCGACAUGUGUGAAGUUGAGGGCCACUUGUUCUUAUGGUGAACCUCAUCACCAGUCUCGGCUCUCCCCCGGGCACUGGGUGAAGGUCUCACCGCCGUGAAAGUGUCCCUGCUCUUUUCAUCACACACACACACAGCAGCAGCCAUGUACAAACUAUUCAACAGAGCUGUGGAAACACCCAAGACCACCACUCUUCCUCCUCCCCCGCCCAAGACUGCCGUAGUCAAUGCAGUGGAGGAAGAGCCACCUGCUCAGCUGAUCCUGCUACCUUGCCCGAUAUGUUUCAGAACUUUCAAAGUCGAAUCUCUGGAGCGGCACAAGAAUGUCUGCCAGAAGGUGGCCACCAAGAAGCGCAAGGUGUUUGAUUCCGCCAAGCAGAGGCUGGAAGAUCUGCCAGAUGUGCCCAAAGUCAGUCUGUCGUCACCCCAGCAGCAGCCAAAGGUCCCGUCAUCACCUCUUCUGGUCAGAAGGUCUCUCCUCGAUUCAAACAAAAAAGUCCCUCCAUGGAAGGAGAAACACCUCAGUUUGAUUAAAACGGUCCGCCAAGCUAGAGGAGCCGACUCCAAUCGCUGCCCCUGCUGCGAGAGGAAUUUCGGCGAUAAGGCAUUCGAUAGGCAUGUGGAGUGGUGCAGGGAGCAGCAGUCACGGAUCCCCAAGUCUCCGACAAACACAGAAGCCAAAGAGCGAUGGGAAGCGCGUACCAAAUACCAAGCCCCGCUACUGCGUCGUUCCAUUCGUUCCAAGUACUCACCGACCAGGAGUUUGUUUAGCACGUCGGGCAGUCCAGCCCCGUCGGUCGAUGGCCGGCUCACCGUGCCCGACUGCGCCCAGAGUUUGAGCGGCAGCCGGGCGUCGUUGGACUCGCGAGCUUCAUCAACUUAUUCAUACCAGCCAACCAGCACGUUCAGUCGCAGCUACAACAGCAAUUACAACAACAACAACAAUAACAACAACAGCAGCAACAGUAGCAGUCAGAAGAAAAACUUGUACAAUAGCAGCACGUUGGGUCGGACGGGCGGAAGCGCUUUUUUGCGCCAGUCCAACGACCGUCGCUCACUUCGAGUGACUCCGCCGUCUCCGCCGCCCAUUCGACGCGUCGUCGAACCGCCGCCACCCGUCCGGCGUGUCACCGAACCGCCGGUGGCCGUCACUUUGACGCCCCUCAACAACAACCGGACGUCAGCGCUGAGGGCUAGUCUCCGAAUGAAGAAUCCUUUCACGUCCAUGGCCAGUUCUUUCCAGUCCAACCAUCCGCCCAACAAACCAAUUCAGCGACAACCGACCCUCGUUGCUCCGGCCUCACUGCCGGCCUCUUCGUCAUCAGCUGCAUCCAGUACCAAUAAACGUCCGACCGUUUUGCAGUUGUUUACGUCAGCGUUCAGCCGCCCCAGUCCGGUAGCUCCGGCUAAAAAUCGUGGCAACACGACGUCGACGCUAUCCAUCGGUCAAUUGGGUCAAGGAAGAAGGGUGGAGCCGGAAGGAGUCGAGUCUAAACUCAUGACAGGCAGCUGUUACAAUUAUCCAGCGCCCAGUAAAAUCAAACCCAGCAGCAGGUUCGGGAGUGACAAUUACAACCCGUAUUUGUCUGCCGAGCGCCAGAUGGCCGAACUGUUUGACGACCGCCCGAAACGAGACUCUUUAAUGAAAGAUCAUCCGAGCGAUAGUGCCGUCACGACUCCGACCACCCCUUCUGCCAAUAAUAGUACAGCCCAGGCAGACGAGACGGCCAGUAUGGAGCAGCUGGAACUCGAUUUGAAGAGUAUCCUAUCGGAAAUCAGUCAACUGGGCCAGACGAGCAACAAUGAACGAGAGACCAGCUGGCAAAAUAAGAAAUCGGCUGCUGCUGCUGCUGCUGCUACUGGUCCGUCCACUAUGACGCCGUCCGUCCGUCUAUCAACGACACCCAGAGUGGCCACUGCUGUGACGACAGUGGAACAACCCAAGGAAGAGGAAUCUGCCAAACCGGUCCCGAAAUUCUGUCAUUCAUGCGGCUCUUCUUAUCCGGAACGCCACACCGUCAAAUUUUGCUGCCAAUGCGGCGCCCGUCGCCUUUACGUUUGAAAAGCGAAAGGAAAAAAGACGAUGAAAUCGUGAAGAAAAAUAUGUAUAACAACUCUGGAAGAAUGCUUAACCCCAGAUUACUUGUACUAAAUCUGAUUCAGGUUGGUGAAGGGGCAACCAAAGGAAACCCAUUGAUUUUUAUUUUAUCAUCUUUCUGUUUUGUCAAUGUAUUAUUUGUAUUGAUUUUUAUUAGCCUUUCGGUGCCAUUAUUUCCGUCCAACAACAAUAGCAGCAAAAUGCUUUUUAUUUUUUUCAAAUGUUAACCGACCAAAACCAACGAGUUAGUAAAAAAUUUCGUUCGUCGGUGUCUAAUAACCAAAAGUGAAUUAAAAAACGAAUUGAUGAAAAUUGUGUGUUCACAACUACCAAAUGACCAAUAUCUAAAACAAAUUAAUGCCGCCGUUAGAUGGCAGACUUACGGCCUUGAUAAAAACUCGUGCGUGUCAAUUAAAUUCGUGUGUGCGUGACUCUGUGUAUGUGUGCGUAUUAUAACGGACCAAUUAUUUUUGAUCGUCUUUAUCAUCCGUCCUUAUAUAAUUUUCCCUUUCUGUCUUUAAUCAUUUAUGCAAGAAAUCAACUUUUUUUCUGUUGGAAA